CUCGAGCCCGCUCAGUCCCCAAACAACACGCGCUGCAUAUGGACGCACACCGAUUACAAUGCACGCACCCUUCGGAAUGGACGCAAACAUAAAGUUUAGCCCAUCGACGUUCAUUUCUGCUUUUGUUUUGCUCUAGAUAUUUUUUCUCUUGCUGUAUUUGUCUGCUGCUUGACUUUCGUGCUGGAUGGCUAUCAUAAGAAAGGAAAGCCACUCGCUCCUCUCCGUCCCAGUGUUCUGCUUUUGCUUCAGGGAGUAACCAAGCCAAGAUCUAUCAAUGCAGGUGAGCCUGACGAGUUGUGCUUAAAACCGCACACCCGCGUUCCCCUAAGGCGCUUUCUGGGAAACGAACAUCAUCCAGAAGACAUCGUUGGGGUUGCACAAACAAGCCAGUGCUCUGAAGACGCAGAUUGAAAAGCACGGGAAGAGAGAGGGGAGAGAACACACUGCAACCUACGAGUGAUCACUGAGAGGAGCCUUCGCACCCCCCAAAAAAACCUCGACAUCUCACUGGACCCUACUACCUUCAUACCUCAGGAAAAAUGUCAUCUCAAACUAAGUUCAAGAAGGACAAAGAGAUUAUCGGAGAAUAUGAAACCCAAGUUAAAGAGAUCCGCAACCAGCUGGUUGAGCAGUUCAAGUGUCUGGAGCAGCAGUCGGAGGCGCGCAUGCAGCUGCUGCAGGAUCUGCAGGAGUUCUUCCGCCGCAAGGCCGAGAUCCAGCUGGAGUACUCGCGCAGCCUCGAGAAGCUGGCCGAGCGCUUCUCCUCCAAGAUACGCAGCUCCCGCGAACACCAGCAGUUCAAGAAGGACCAGCACCUGCUGUCGUCUGUGAACUGCUGGUACCUGGUGCUGAACCAGACGCGGCGCGAGAGCCGCGAUCACGCCACCCUCAACGACAUCUACAUCAACAACGUCAUCGUGCGCCUCUCCCAGAUCUCCGAGGACGUCAUCCGACUCUUCAAGAAGAGUAAAGACAUCGGCAUCCAGAUGCACGAAGAGCUGGUGAAGGUGACCAAUGAACUCUACACUGUGAUGAAGACCUACCACAUGUACCACACGGAGAGCAUCAGUGCGGAGGGCAAGCUGAAGGAGGCGGAGAAGCAGGAGGAGAAGCAGUUCAGCAAGUCGGGCGAGCUCAACGUCAACCUGCUGCGCCACGAGGACCGACCGCAACGCCGCAGCUCCGUACGCAAGAUCGAGAAGAUGAAGGAGAAGAGGCAAGCCAAGUACUAUGAGAACAAGCUGAAGUGCACUAAAGCUCGUAACGACUACCUGCUGAACCUGGCCGCAACCAACGCAGUGGUGGCCAAGUACUACAUCCACGACGUCUCAGACAUGAUCGACUGCUGUGACCUGGGCUACCAUGCCAGCCUGGCGCGCACCCUGCGUACGUACCUGUCGGCCGAGUACAGCCUGGAGACGUCCCGCCACGAGGGCCUGGACGUCAUCGAGAACGCCGUGGACAACCUGGACCCCCGCAGCGACAAGCACAAGCUCAUGGACAUGCACAACCAGGUCUUCUGCCCACCCAUGCGCUUCGAGUACCUGCCACACAUGGGAGACGAGGUGUGCCAGGUGAGUGCCCAGCAGCCUGUGCAGACGGAGCUCCUAAUGCGCUACCACCAGCUGCAGUCCCGCCUGGCAACACUCAAAAUAGAGAACGAGGAGGUGCGCAAGACGCUGGAUGCCACCAUGCAGACACUGCAGGACAUGCUGACUGUGGAGGACUUUGACGUGUCGGACGCCUUCCAGCACAGCCGCUCCACCGAGUCCAUCAAGUCAGUGGCCUCUGAGACCUACAUGAGCAAGAUGAACGUGGCCAAGAGGAGGGCCAACCAGCAGGAGACCGAGGUCUUCUACUUCACCAAAUUCAAGGAGUACCUGAAUGGCAGCAACCUCAUUAUCAAGCUCCAGGCCAAGCAUGACCUGCUGAAGUCGACCCUCGGAGAAGGAGAAAGGGCUGAGUGCGGAACUACAAGGCCCCCAACCCUCCCCCCUAAGCCACAGAAACUACGGAAGCCUAGGCCGCGCUCCAUCUUUACCCAUAAGCUGUUUAACGGCAACAUGGAGUCCUUCAUCAAGGAUUCAGGCCAGCCUAUCCCUCUGGUGGUGGAGAGUUGCAUCCGUUAUAUCAACCUUUACGGCUUGCAGCAACAGGGCAUAUUCCGAGUUCCAGGAUCUCAGGUUGAAGUCAAUGACAUUAAGAAUUCAUUUGAGAGAGGUGAGGACCCCCUGGUAGACGACCAGAAUGACCAUGACAUCAACUCGGUGGCGGGGGUGCUGAAGCUUUACUUCAGGGGUCUGGAGAACCCUAUCUUCCCCAAGGAGCGCUUCCUGGAUCUCAUCUCCACCGUCAAGCUGGAGUCCUACGCUGAGAGAGCACAACAUAUCCAGCAGAUCAUCGUGACUCUUCCUCGCACCAUCAUCAUCGUCAUGAGAUACCUGUUCGCUUUCCUCAACCACCUGUCCCAGUACAGUGAUGAGAACAUGAUGGAUCCCUAUAACCUGGCCAUCUGCUUCGGCCCCACCCUGAUGCCCAUCCCCGACGGCCAGGACCCAGUGGCCUGCCAGGCGCACGUCAACGAGGUCAUCAAGACCAUCAUCAUGCACAACGAGCUCAUCUUCCCCAGCCCCCGCGAGCUGGACGGACCCCUCUACGAGAAGUGCAUGACCGGCGGGGAGGAGUACUGUGACAGCCCACACAGUGAGCCAGGCACCAUUGACGAAGCGGAUAACGGCACAGAGCCGCACACCAGUGAUGACGAAGUGGAGCAGAUUGAGGCAAUUGCCAAGUUUGACUACGCGGGCCGCACCCCUCGAGAGUUGUCCUUCAAGAAGGGCGCGUCCCUGCUGCUGUACCACCGUGCCUCCGAGGACUGGUGGGAGGGACGCCACAACGGCGUGGACGGACUCAUCCCACACCAGUACAUCGUGGUGCAGGACCUAGAUGAUGCGUUUUCAGACAAUCUCAGCCAGAAGGCGGACAGUGAGGCCAGCAGUGGUCCUCUGCUGGAUGAUAAGGCUUCCUCCAAAAACGACCUGCAGUCCCCCUGCGAACACAACCCUGAGUAUCCCUUUGGGGCAGUCAUGGGCCGUGUCCGCCUGCGCUCGGACGGUGCCGCGAUCCCCCGUCGGCGUAGCGGUCCCGACGCCCACAGCCCCACCCGUGGCACGGACACCCCGCCCCGCGCCGCCGCCUGUCCCAGCAGCCCCCAUAAGGUGGCGGCAGUGAGCCGUGGCCGCAUCGAGAGCCCAGAGAAAAGGCGCCUGGGCACCUUCGGUAGCGCAGGCAGCAUCAACUACCCCGACCGCAAGAACUACCCGGAGGGCCACCCCCUCAGGCCUGUGCCCGGGGCCACGCGCCACAGCAGCCUGGGGGACCACAAGGCCUUGGAGGCAGAGGCUCUGGCUGAGUCUGUCAUGUGUGUCUACUCACAGGACAUUGAGAAGACCAUGAGCACGGCCCUGCACGAGCUGCGGGAGCUGGAGCGCCAGAACACGGCCAAGCAGGCCCCCGACGUGGUCCUGGACACGCUGGAGCCGCUCAAGAACCCCGCCAGCUCGGAACCAGCCAGCCCGCUGCACACCAUCGUGAUCCGCGACCCGGACGCGGCCAUGCGCCGCAGCUGCAGCGGCUCCUCCAGCGAGAUGAUGACCACCUUCAAGCCCGCUCUGUCCGCCCGGCUGGCCGGAUCCCAGCUGCGCCCGCCGCCGCUGAGGCCCCAGCGUCCUCCCGCUCCGCCCCACCAGCAGCACCACCUGCAAGGCCAGGCACAAGGCGGCCCCCCGCCUACCCCGGGCCAUCGCUCCAGCAGCUCCAGUUCGUCUGGGCUGGGAAGUCCAGCCGUCACCCCCACCGAGAAGAUGUUCCCCAACAGCAGCGCUAACACCAAUAGCAACGCUAACACGGCGGCUGCUAAUGACAAGCCAAACACCAUGUAGUGGGCCAGAGAGGGGGAAGGGCUGAGGGUGAGGGUGUGGCGUGGCGUGGCGUGGUGUGGCGUUGCGUUGUGUCAAAUCCCCAGAAAGGGAUAGGAAGGAGGGUGUGUUGGGGGGGUGAGGUUGUGGACGGGUGUGGUGAUCCACCCUAAUCCCAAUGUUCAGAAGGUCAGAGUCUCCUUCCCUCUUGUCUGGAAGAAGAAGGUCUAGCCAGUAGCUGCUGUAGACUGCUAGCCUUUAGGAGCUCCUCAGAUAGAGAGAGCGGGAGAGGGAUAGGGGGGUGGGGUAUAUUUAACACAAAUAAACGAAACAAAAUGAAGCUAAUUAUUUCUGUAUCCUCUGUCAGUUUUUAUAAGUUAUAAUUAGAUGUUUUUCUUCACUAAAAGUCCCUCUCGCUCUGAAGGUGAACAUGGGUUGCCAUGGUGACCGACCCUGUGGAGAAGUUCUAAAUAAUUAUAUUCUAGCCAAGCUUCUUGAAACACAGGAGGAAGACAAUGAAGGCAGGAGGGGAUUAAAAAAGGCACAGAAUGUCUUUUUGGUUUUGUUACCCUCGUUUAGCCACCUAUUCAGUUUACCUCAGAAACAAUUCUAUUAAUAAUAAUAAAUCAAUUAUCUUUGGCUAGGUCUCAUUUCUCUAGGUGACCUUCUGUUGACUGUUGUUUGAGCAAUACUAUGUUGGCAUUAGUUUUUAUUUUAUUUGUUAUUUUUUCCUUCUGCACUGGCUAUCCAGAUAUCUCAUGAAGCGUGUAGGCUAUAGGGGUGAGGGGUGAGUCUAACUUCUCCUGGUCUGAGAGAAGUUUCUAAGGCACGCCUACCCUCGCUAACUGGAUUAUAUAGAUGAACCUGUAGACUACCAGACUCUCCUCUCAAAGACUGUGACCAAAUGGGCAUCUUGCCUUUGAGCUGUAUCUGUACAUAGAGACUUCCUCUACUUGAAAUUGUAAUGCCUUUUGUUUGUAGUAUAAGGGAUGUUCGACUAAGUAAUUACAAAUACAUAGCCAAGUUGUAAACAUAAUGUAUGAAAUGCAGAAAAAAAUGAAUCCAUAUACCAACUAAUUGUAAGAAACCUGUGGUAUAAAAAAAUAAUAGUGACACUUCAUUUGAAGGUGCAUACAUAAGGGUGACAUUAGGUUGUCAUACACAUGCCAUGUCACAUGCUACAUACUUGGCAGAUACAUGCAUGCCCAGUUGUCAAUUGACAUCACAAACAGUCAAAAAUGUCAUUAUUAAGAUCAGUUCUGACGCUGUAAUUUCAGUUAAGGUCAAGCUGUCAUAAUGACGACACUCAAAACAAUGUCAACUUGACAUUACAAAAUCGGAUGACACUUGAUAACAGUUAUAAAUAAUAAUGAAGUGUCAUUACUGUGCAUGUCUUUUGUCAUGGCACGUAUGGGACAGGCUGACGUCACGCUUACGUAAGCAACUUCAAAAACAGAGUCACCAAAAAUGAUGGUGUAGUUUAACUUGUAUAUAUACAAUUACUCCUGAGUAGAUUUUUCUAAAUGUUAAUCUUGUAUAGUCUAAGACAGACCAAGCAAGGACAAGACAGUGGAAUUCUUUUCGUUCCACAGAGCAGGCAAACCAACCCACCACCAACCAAGCAACCAGUGAAACCAUAGACGGGGAAAAAAACACACACACACAAUCACAGAUCUGUUUUGUCCUUUUCCGCUUCUAUUCUGCAUGAAUGGGCCACACAGUGAAAGCUCUUGCGAGUGGCAGUCAUCCCACUCCCGCGGCGCUGCAUUUCAGAGUAUUCCAGUUAUGCAUCCACCACUAAUGCACACACAGUCUCUUCAUCUUGGAUUCAAGACAUCAUUUAGAUUAUUUUAUUUGUAUUGUUUUUUUUUGUUUUUUUUUAAUGAUCGCUUCAUCAUCAUCAUCAUCAUCAUCAUCAUCAUACCCUUAACCCGUUCAGAGUACGGAUUUUCCACAGUGGUUCUAGAAUUUCAGUCACACAUUCUACAGGUCAAAUCAAACCUAGUGUUAAAAAUUCUGCCGACAUCAUGAUGAGAACACAUCACAAUGGUUCUAAUAAAAAACAUGUGAUGGUACUCCUAAAAGGCUAUUGAAAUCCUCCUCAUAACGGCCAAAAGUGUCAAAGGGACGCCUGUCCCAAGCAGCCAACGCUCCACUUGUGAUGUGCGUCAGUAUACUGUUUAUGCCAUGAAGUAACAAGACAACACGUCAUGUCUGUUCCACAGUUUGAAUAUCAAAAGAGAGAUUUUUUUUUUGAGUGAGCCACAAAGACAGAAGCAAUGACCCGCCCCCUGCCCACUUACCCACUGGACUUGGGCAUCUUGAUGUGUCUUCUGUUCCAGACACCACAGGCCUACAGCCAUAAUCAUUCACUCACUCUCACACACUCUACAUAAAUAUGAACACAUGCACACGCACACGCACAGACACACUUAUUGGACUGCCUCUUGCCACAAGUGCGUGCAUACAGUAUGUGCACACACACACACACACACACACGCACACACACACACACAUGCACAGACACACUUAUUGGACUGCCUCUUGCCACAAGUGCGUGCAUACAGUAUGCGUGUGUGUGCGUGCAUGUGUGCGUGUGUUUGUGCACACAUGCCACCAGUGUGAACUCUCAUCCAUAGUCGAUUGUUACCGAUGGGAAGGAGGACCCCCAUGGUGCCUGCUGACCCACACAUAUUAUGGGGCUUCCCCCUGCCUGGUGACCCAUGUUAUGGGGCAUCCACGGUGCCUGGCUUCUAUUUUGCAGACUUCUUACAAAUUCUUCCUCCAUGCUCCCAAGUCCACCUCCACACCAGGGGGAAGGCUUGCCUGCCUGACCCCCCCUGUACCCCCGCACAGUCUCUAUCGCACGACCCCAUUCUGUCACCACGACUCAGUCUCACAGCCAAAGGGUGCCCGUUCAUGACCACCGAAGGAGGGCAAGAGAGAGAGAUUGAGAAAGAGAGAGAGAGAGAGACUGAGAAAGAGAGAGUGUGCGUGUGUUUGCUAGAGAGAGAGAGAGAGAGAGAGAGAGUGUGUGUGUGUGUGUGUGUGUGUGUGUGUGUGUGUGUGUGUGUGUGUGUGUGUGUGUGUGUGUGUGUGUGUGUGUGUGUGUGUGUGUGUGUGUGUGUGCUGGUGUGUGUGUUUGUGUGUGUGCGUGUAUGUGUGUGUGUAUGUGUGUGUGUGCGCCUGCGUGUGUUUAUGUUUGUGUUAGGGAUAGAGCAAGAUAUACUCACUCAUGUAUGAAAUGUUUGUCUGAUUGACCCAGAUAUUCAAUCAGAUGAACUGCGAUGCGAUUAGAUCUUUGGACGAGUUCCCUAGCUGGCACCCUAAUUUAGCAUGGAGCACGCACGCACACGCACAC